UGAAGUCAGGCACUGGUGAACAGCGAAGGAAGAUGAGAUUGAGCUUGUUGGACAGAAAGUUUACUUUUAAAAAUCUUCCUGAUGGCAGCUUGGAUAAAAGUCUGGUUGUGUGCAAAUUGUACAACAAAGAGUUUUCUGAUCACUGCGUCACUUCAAGCCGACGGUAUCACCUCAAUUCUGCAGAGUGCAGCCGAACACAACUGCAGCGUUUUUCAUCCGGGUGGAUUCAGGCAGUGAAGGAGAUCUGGGCAGUGUGAGAACGUGGAGGAGGAGGAGGAAGAGGAGGUUCUAGCCGGGCUUCUCUGCAGCAUCUUUCACUUCACCAUGGAGCACUGGAGUAACGGAGUCUGGAGGAUUAUUGCUCGAGUCGCCCUGAUGCUGCUCAGUCUGAACGGGGCAACAGGAGCAGAGGUGUGUCACAGUCCACUGGUGUCCAGUUUGUUGCCAUCGUCCUUCAGAAGCUCCUCACAGCUGUCCAGUAGUCAUGGACCGGGCUUCGCUAAGCUCAACCGGAGAGAAGGAGCUGGAGGUUGGUCUCCCCUCAGCUCAGACAGAUAUCAGUGGCUGGAGGUGGACCUCGGUGGAAGGACUCGGAUCACUGCUGUCGCCACUCAAGGCCGAUAUGGAAGCUCUGACUGGCAGACGAGCUACCUGCUGAUGUUCAGCGACACCGGACACAACUGGAGACAAUACCGACAGGAAGGCAGCAUAGAGGCCUUUCUGGGGAACAGUAAUGCAGACAGUGUGGUGCAGCACAAGCUCCAGCACCCGGUGAUCGCUCGAUAUGUCCGUUUGAUUCCCCUCGACUGGAAUCCCAACGGUCGGAUUGGACUCAGGCUGGAGACCUACGGAUGCCCAUACAAUUCAGACGUGGUGAGCUUCAGCGGCCUCAGCAGCCUCCUCUACAGAUUAACACCCAGACCGACGCAGACGUCCGGAGAAAGCAUCAGUCUGAAGUUUAAAGCCCUGAAGAACUCUGGGAUCCUGCUUCAUGCUGAGGGUCAGAACCAACACAGACUCACUCUGGAGUUAGAGGACGGGAAACUGCUGCUGCUGCUCAGAAAAGGCAGGACUUUAUCUCCAGACAACCAGCACCUUGUGUCUCUCAGCAGCCUGUUAGACGACCAACACUGGCAUCACGUCGCUGUGGAGCAUCACAACAACCACCUCAACCUCACCGUGGACAAAAGCACAGUGUGGGUUCAGAUCCCAGCCAGAUUUAGCCACUGGGACCACGACCAGGUGAGUGUGGGAGCGGAGCAGGGCAUCGGCUCUCAGAGGGCAAAAAGAAAUUUCCAUGGCUGUUUGGAAAACCUCGUUUACAACGGCCUGAACCUGGUCGACCUCGCCGAGCAGAAAGACCAGCGGGUUUCCGUGAAGGGCAAUGUGACCUUUUCAUGUGAUGAACCCGUUUUCGUUGCCAUGACGUUCGCCGGCCCCCAGAGCUUCCUGUGGUUACCUGGAGGGACGGAUCCGUCGUCGGUCGGCCUGUCAGUGGGGCUUCAGUUUCGGACAUGGAACAAGGCGGGACUGCUGCUCACCUUUGAUCUGCUGAAGCAAAGCGGUGCAGUCUGGUGGUACCUGAGCAAAGCCAGACUCCAUCUGCAGAUCCACAAACCUGGCAGGGCGCCGUUGGAGCUCAGUACAGGUUCUGGUCUGAAUGACGGUCAGUGGCACUCUGUGGACCUGGUCUCAGGACGAGGACAUCUGACCAUCACAGUGGAUGGAGAUGAAUCAACUGCUGCUCAUGUCAGUCCUUCGUUUCCUAUUAUUGCUGGAGGUCAAUUGUUCUUCGGCGGUUGUCCUUCUGAAAGCAGUGGUCAGGAGUGUAUGAAUCCCUUCAAAGCUUUUCAAGGCUGCAUGCGUCUUCUAACUGUGGACAACCAGCCAGUGGACUUGAUCAAGGUGCAGCAGAGGCUGAUGGGAAACUACAGUCACCUGCAGAUCGACAUGUGUGACAUCAUCGACAGAUGUUCUCCGAGUCACUGCGAACAUGAAGGCAGCUGCUCCCAGUCGUGGACCACCUUCCACUGUAACUGUUCCGGCUCCGGCUACACUGGAGCCACCUGCCACAGCUCGAUCUAUGAACAGUCCUGUGAGGCCUACAAACUAAACGGAAACACUUCUGGGUUUUAUCACAUCGACGUGGACGGCAGUGGACCAGUCAGACCACAGCUGGUUUACUGCGACAUGACGGAGCACCAGACGUGGACGGUGAUCCAGCACAACAACUCCGAUCUGACCAGAGUUCGAGCGUCGCCAGGCGGGAAUCAGUACUCGGCUCACUUUGAAUACGCAUCUGAUGAGGACCAGCUGGCCGCAAUCAUCGGCCAAUCAGAGCACUGCGAGCAGGAACUGACCUACCACUGCAGGAAGUCCCGCAUCCUCAACUCAGCAGAGGGGUCUCCGGUCAGUUGGUGGGUCGGAGGUCCAGGUGGAGGUCACGUUCAGACUUACUGGGGCGGAGCUUCAGCAGGAAGUCAGAGAUGUGGAUGCAGUCUGCAGCAGAACUGUGUGGAUCCAAAACACCAUUGCAACUGUGACGCCGACCGCAAUGAAUGGUCCAGUGACUCAGGCUUGUUGACCCAUAAGGAGACUCUCCCAGUCAGAUCUCUGGUUCUGGGCGAUGUCCAGAGGUCUGGAUCGGAAAGCGCCUACAAGGUGGGACCUCUCCGUUGCUACGGAGACAAGAACAUCUGGAACGCAGCGUUUUUUGACAAGGAGACGUCGUACCUCCACUUUCCCACGUUCCACGGAGAGCUGAGUGCCGACAUCUCCUUCCUGUUUAAGACCACUUCUUCCUCCGGUGUCUUCCUGGAAAACCUGGGCAUCAAAGACUUCAUCCGGAUCGAACUGAGCUCUUCCACCGAGGUGCUCUUCUCCUUCGACGUGGGUAACGGCCCCUUGGGGGUUUCCGUGAAAGCCGACUUCCCGCUGAACGACGACAGGUGGCAUCGCGUUCAAGCGGAGCGUAACGUUAAAGAGGCGUCGCUUCGCAUCGACGAGCUUCCUGUUGCGACACAGGAGGCUCCGGCUGACGGCCACAUCCACCUGCAGCUCAACAGCCAGCUAUUUAUAGGAGGAACAGCCUCCAGACAGAAAGGUUUCCGGGGUUGUAUUCGCUCUCUGCAGCUGAACGGCGUCACUCUGGACCUAGAGGAACGAGCCAACAUCACCCCCGGGGUUCGGCCCGGAUGUCCGGGUCACUGCAGCACCUACGGGUCUCUGUGUCAGAACCAGGGCCAGUGUGUCGAUGGAACCAGGAGCUUCUCCUGCGACUGCAGUGGGUCGCCUCAUUCUGGAGCUUUCUGCCACAGAGAAGUUUCAGCCAGCUUCAAACCAGGAACCUCGGUCAGCUUCAAGGAUCUGAACGUCUGGCCGUCUUCCAGCCUCAGAGCAGAAAACAUCUGCCUGAGCUUCAGGACCAGCCAGAGUCCAGCUCUGCUUCUCUACAUCAGCUCCGACCACAGAGAAUCUCUGGCUCUGCUGCUCAACAAGCAAGACAAGCUGGAGGUGAGAUACCGUCUGGACAGCAGCAGAGAAGCAGAGAUCCUGAGGAGCAAAGUGAAGAACCUCAACAACCGACAGCUGCAUACGGUCACCAUCAACAGACUGGCAGACGCCGUUUCUGUUCAGAUUGACCAGAACGCCAGAGAGGACUUCAACCUGACAUCUGAUGUAGAAUUUAACGGAAUAAAGACGCUGGUUCUGGGAAGAAUCCACAAUUCUGAUGAUUUGGACCCUGAACUCUCUCGCCUCGCCUCUCUGGGCUUCACAGGUUGUUUAUCUUCAGUCCUCUUUAACUCCAUCAGUCCUCUGAAAGCUGCUCUGCUCCACCCAAACUCCAGCUCAGUCUCCAUCACCGGGUCGUUGGUCCAGUACAGCUGUGGCUCUACGUCGACCAAUCAGAACGCAGCAGAAACCACACACCACCUAUCAGGUCAGUCUGGAUCAGUGGGAACAGGUCAGCCUUUGGUGAACGCCAUCAGGAGCGACUCGGCUCUCAUCGGAGGUGGGAUCGCCGUGGUGAUCUUUGUGACUCUGUCUGCUUUGGCUGUAAUGGCUCGAUUCCUGUACAGAAGAAAAGGUUCGUCUCAGAGUCAGGAGGGGAAAACGGUGAAACCCGAAGACGGUCCAGAACUUCCUUUCAGCAGCCAGACGAGCUCACAGAACGGACCGACGGAGAACCAGAAGGAAUAUUUUAUUUAGCUGGAGGUUGGACUUGUUGUUGAGCAGACAGAGAUGCCUUGUCAAGCCUCAGUGCUUUACACAACAAACUGAGCCCAAAACGCACAAACAGAACCACACAAACAGAACCACACAAACAGAACCACAUGUUCUGCCUUCUUUCCCUUCGUUUCUGCUCCUGUGGUUGUGUUUUUAUGCAGACUGUAUAAAGACACCUGAACAAAGUGUUAAAUUUCUAAUGUGUUGAUACGUCAGUAGGGAAACUGUAAAUAUAAAAUGAUGUAAAUCUUAAAAAUUUGACUUUAUAUCAGUCUUGUGUUACUUAAAUGAUUAAAGGAGGAACUGUAUUUACCUGGAACUGCUGGUAAGAAACUUGAAACUGCUUCGUUAGACGAUGUGAACAAUGAAAAUUACCAUUUUGAGCGAGUGCUUCAUUCGAUCCAGUGUUUUAUUUUUUGCAGCUACAGUGUAAACUGUGGGGAAAUCAAACUGUAUUUGUUCACAUUGAACAUUUCUUACGUUCUCGCAGGUCACCCUGCUUCUGUGUUUAUUUUACAGUGUGAAACAAAAGAACAACAACUUGUAUUUAUUUUUCCUUUUUCUUCCUCUGCUAGAUUUCUCCUCUGUGCAUCUCUAAAUGUAGUUCUCAAUUUCAGUAUGUACAAUUUUGUUCCCAAGAUCAUUACAAUUACAACUUUAAACUUGA